AUGUCCAAGUUAUCCUCGACGCUUAAGUCUCUAAUCAACGCGCCAUACGCCCGACCAGGAACUGUUCCGGCGCCCUCACACGUCUUGCCCGUGUACCAAGCAAUCGCGAAAGACGCCCAAUACCGCGGUAUAGGGCUUGAGCCAUGGUUCACUGCCGCAGCCGCGGCAACGAUGACGAUGAAUUCCCCAGAAUCAUUACAUCAGCUUUUUGAGCAGGUUUCAGGAUCAAAGUCGCACCACGAAAGGGUCCGCCUUGCAGAGCUAGUCAGGGAAAUUGGUUUGAAAUGUCUCGGAUUCAAUGGUAUUCCCCGAACCAUCAAUUGUCUCAAUGAGUUUCACGCCACGCUGCCUCAAAGUAUAGCUCAAAGGCUAUCUACCAAGCCACGUCGAUCUCUAGCCCGGCAGAACAUCGACAUGGUGUCUUCGCGUGGCCAAACUCUCUGGAAAUCUGUCUACUAUCCGUUCGAGUCUAAGCUCUACGAUAAGCUUAGUAAGGCUCAUCCAGACCUUCCAGUGCAUAUCGUGGAAAGUGAAUACGGAAACCUCUUCUCAGACCCGCCAACGCACCCAGGGGCUAUGCCAGUUACCGUUGGUAGAGUCUUGACUUCCAUACUGGGUAUCGCUUGUCUACGAGCGCAAACCGGGGUCGGGCCGCAACUUUUAUCUCACGUAUAUGGACUUCGAAAAGCAUUCGAAGAUGACAAUUUCCAAAAUGAAUUAAAAGAUGAUAUCGGAGGUGGCCGGUGGUUGGCUAGUGAUGACGGGAGUGUGUGGCUUCUAGAAAGCAUUGACCGGAUCGUGGAAACACUUGGGCAAGGCCAUGGAAGCAACUUCGCGCCCGGUAUUAGUAGCAAACUCUAG